AUGGCUUUUAGAAGACAGCUUACUGGGGUUACAAUCCACUGUAACAGAUGUCGCAUGGAGCUUGCUAGAAGAGAGAUGCUUAUGCUGGCCACAAUUCCACCGUCACAUCUACACCUUGCUGUGAGACAAGAAAGAGAAGCAGACGCAUUUGAAAAGCUCAACAAGGUGGAAAAUCCAAAAGGUGGAAAAAGCGCUCAAUAUUGUCCUUACAUAGUUUUUUGUCGACAGUGUGACACGCACGUGGGAAAUGUUUCGAUAUUAUCAUCAAAACAGUUUGUCUGCUAUAAAAUAGACAACAUAUACCUUAUAAACAAUGGUAAGGAGAUUCGAGGGACGAAACUGUCCAAAAUACGUACAAGACUUGAAGAGGAGUGUUGCAUUGAAGUUGUGA